AUGUCUAUAAAGAAGAAGAAUACUUUAAACGCUAUACGCUCAAUAUUAGCUCAGAUCAGAUGUGGCAUACUGCCCUUUAGGGUUGAAACCGGUAGAUUAGGUUUGUUAACACUUGGUAUUCUACUUCUAGAAUAUACCACGAUUCCAACUCAAGCUAAACAUGCUGUUAAGUUCUUCAAUGGCGCCUCGGUUGUUUCCAGUUUGUUUGAGGAUCAUGAGACUGUGGAUAAAGCAACUUUACUUGGUUACAAUGAUAUGGUUUAUAUUACGACCACAUGUAAUAAAACUAAAAACAUCGCCUAUUUAAAAGUGCAUAAAUGUGGCAGUACUACAACAGCGAACAUUUUAAGACGGUUUUCAAUGAAGAACGAUCUGAAUACAGUUCUUAUGAAUACUGUCAAUAAUUAUUGGAUUUUUAGUGGUAUACAUAAUUUAGUAAAGAUACCCGAAGGUCAAUCGUUUAAUAUCUUGGAUAUUGACUCUUUUUAUGAUCGUAAACUUUAUCAGAAACUUAUUCCCAAUAGCCCUAAAUAUUUGGCAAUUAUGCGUGAACCAGUGGAACGUUACAUAUCGUUCGAAUUUGAUGGGAGCUUUCACGGGGGAGUUUUUAGGAGAAAUAAAUCGAACGUUUUUAUGUUCGAGGAUCCAUUUAAAGGUGAUCCUCGAUCACUUCAUCAACAGAUGAGUGUCGAAUUUGGAUUACAGUCACACCUGCGCAAAGAUGAGAAUGCGAUCAGAACACAUCUGGCUCGAAUUGAUAAGGAAUUCGAUUUUGUGAUAAUCCACGAGUAUUUUGAAGAAUCUUUAGUGUUAAUGAAAAGGUUAUUUUGUUGGGAGAUGUCAGACAUAAUUUCUAUGGUAUCUGGGAAAAAUAUGAAAAAGGCCACUUAUGCCUUAACGCCAUCAGGCAGACACAAAUUAGAAAUAGAACUAAAAGCCGAUAUGAUAUUUUACAAUCAUUUUCGGAAAAAAUUAUUCCACACAAUCAAUGCAUUAGGAGUGGAAUUCCAAGAGGAAGUGGCUCAAUAUAGAUAUAUACAACGCUUAGUAAAAGACUUUUGUUUACAUGGUGUGAAAAUAAUGGAAACUAUUGAAAUUCCAAGCAGCACUUGGAACAAACCAUUUACAGUCAAUAAAAGAGAUUGUGAAUUAAUGCUGAUGGUGGAAGGUCCCAUGGUAACUUUAAUGAUUAAAAAUGCCAAGAUUAGUUUGUUUGAGGAUCAUGAGACUGUGGAUAAAGCAACUUUACUUGGUUACAAUGAUAUGGUUUAUAUUACGACCACAUGUAAUAAAACUAAAAACAUCGCCUAUUUAAAAGUGCAUAAAUGUGGCAGUACUACAACAGCGAACAUUUUAAGACGGUUUUCAAUGAAGAACGAUCUGAAUACAGUUCUUAUGAAUACUGUCAAUAAUUAUUGGAUUUUUAGUGGUAUACAUAAUUUAGUAAAGAUACCCGAAGGUCAAUCGUUUAAUAUCUUGGAUAUUGACUCUUUUUAUGAUCGUAAACUUUAUCAGAAACUUAUUCCCAAUAGCCCUAAAUAUUUGGCAAUUAUGCGUGAACCAGUGGAACGUUACAUAUCGUUCGAAUUUGAUGGGAGCUUUCACGGGGGAGUUUUUAGGAGAAAUAAAUCGAACGUUUUUAUGUUCGAGGAUCCAUUUAAAGGUGAUCCUCGAUCACUUCAUCAACAGAUGAGUGUCGAAUUUGGAUUACAGUCACACCUGCGCAAAGAUGAGAAUGCGAUCAGAACACAUCUGGCUCGAAUUGAUAAGGAAUUCGAUUUUGUGAUAAUCCACGAGUAUUUUGAAGAAUCUUUAGUGUUAAUGAAAAGGUUAUUUUGUUGGGAGAUGUCAGACAUAAUUUCUAUGGUAUCUGGGAAAAAUAUGAAAAAGGCCACUUAUGCCUUAACGCCAUCAGGCAGACACAAAUUAGAAAUAGAACUAAAAGCCGAUAUGAUAUUUUACAAUCAUUUUCGGAAAAAAUUAUUCCACACAAUCAAUGCAUUAGGAGUGGAAUUCCAAGAGGAAGUGGCUCAAUAUAGAUAUAUACAACGCUUAGUAAAAGACUUUUGUUUACAUGGUGUGAAAAUAAUGGAAACUAUUGAAAUUCCAAGCAGCACUUGGAACAAACCAUUUACAGUCAAUAAAAGAGAUUGUGAAUUAAUGCUGAUGGUGGAAGGUCCCAUGGUAACUUUAAUGAUUAAAAAUGCCAAGGUGAAAUAUGAGAAUUCUCUUAAAAAAAAAUCUUAA